AUGGCUGGGCCCCCUGGAACAGGAAAAACAGCUAUUGCAAUGGGCAUGGCACAAGCAUUAGGAAAAGAUAUUCCAUUUACAACACUUGCAGCUUCAGAAAUCUUCUCAUUAGAAAUGUCCAAGACAGAGGCACUUACACAAGCUUUUCGUCGUUCAAUUGCUGUGCGUAUAAAAGAAGAAACUGAAUUUAUAGAAGGUGAAGUUGUUGAAAUUCAAGUUGAUACUUCUAUCACAGGAGGAAUUAAGACUGGUAAACUCACAUUGAAGACAACAGACAUGGAAACUGUAUAUGAAUUGGGUCACAAGAUGAUAGAUUCAUUGAACAAGGAAAAAAUUAUGGCAGGUGAUGUUGUUGCAUUAGAUAAAGCUUCGGGUAAAAUUUCAAAAUUAGGUAGAUCAUUUACUCGGGCAAGAGAUUAUGAUGCAAUGGGACCAGAUUUUGUACAAUGCCCUGAAGGUGAAUUGCAAAAACGGAGAGAAGUGGUACAUACUGUAUCAUUACAUGAGAUUGAUGUUAUAAAUAGCCGAACACAAGGAUUUUUGGCUUUAUUUUCUGGUGACACUGGGGAAAUUAAAUCUGAAGUCCGGGAACAAAUAAACACAAAAGUAUCUGAAUGGAGGGAAGAAGGAAAGGCAGAUAUUAUUCCUGUUCAUAUCCUUGAUAUUGAAUGUUUUUCAUUUUUAAAUCGUGCUCUUGAAGAUGAAAGAUCACCUAUUGUUAUUAUGGCUUCAAACCGUGGAAUUACAAGAAUUCGAGGUACAAAAUAUAAGAGUCCACAUGGAAUUCCAAUUGAUUUGUUGGAUCGAUUAUUAAUUAUCAGCACAGUACGAUAUGUUGAAGAAGAAAUUAAACAAAUUUUAAUUAUUCGUUGCCAGGAAGAAGAUGUAACAAUGGCUGAUGAAGCUUGUGAUGUUUUGACAAAAAUUGGUGUGGAGACUUCAUUAAGAUAUGCAAUUCAUUUGAUUGCAGCAGCACAUCUUGCUAGCAAUGUUGAAGUUUCAGAUAUAAGACGUGUCUAUAGCUUAUUUUUAGAUGAAAAACGAUCAGUAAACUACCUAAAAGAAUAUCAAGAACAGUAUAUGUUUAAUGAAAUACCAAUUGAAGAAAUGGAAGGAGUGGAAACAUCAGACCCACUAGCUAGAAUCAAUUAA